AUUCAGUUCAUUUCUUACCUUGCUAAGUUUCGACAUAAUCAUAAAAAUGAAGAUCAUCAUUUUGUUCGUUUCUUUCAUACUUUAUGGCAGUUGCCUUCUUUAUUCGAUUCCAUUUGCAACAACAGAUAGACCAGAUGGAAUAUCAGACUACGUAGAUGAGUUACCAAAUGAAAUACAAGAAAUCCUAGAUCAAUUUCCAGAUGUCUCAUUAGAUGAAUUAUCACAUGAAUUCGCAGAUGAUUUCCUACAAGAACCAAAACCAAAAAUACCAAAGGAACUGAAGUGGGGAAAGGAUUACAACAAGACUGAAUUCGUUGAGGCGUUUCAAUCUUUGGUUCCCAAAGAGUCUCAAACGCACGAAGACAUUGUUGAGAACGUAAGAAAAAUCUUGGCAAUGGAUUUGAAGUUUGGACUCAAGAAAUGUCAACUUACCAAUGGAAAGCGAUCCAAACAAAUUUGUGAUGAUUUCAAAUACAUGGAUAAGAUUAUCUAUUCAGUAAUGUCCAAAUAUCCAAAUAACAAGGAAGACUUGGUAAAAAUGGCGAAAAAUAUUAGAAAAACAUCGUACAUGUUUUAUGAGGUGACAAGGUUUGGCCGAUACCCACCUACGGAAUUAAUCAAUGGCACGAAAGAGUUCUUUGAAAGAAUAAAAGAAAAUUUUAAAUUUCCGGAUUUUCCAACAGCUUCCCACAACCUGACAAAUGCAGAGAUGGUAUUAGUUACAGAAGUCCAGCUCUGGGAAUAUGCGAUUUUCUUUCGUGUACCUGAUUGUUAUAUUCAUCUAUGGUUUUCUGUUCUUAAUAACAUUCAAAAGAACAUUAACCUAAUAUCUGAGUCUGAUGAACAGCUAGAAACAAUUUUGGAAAAGGUUGAAAAUAUCAAAUCUAAGAUUAAUGACAUUGUAGUCAAUCAAAAAGAAUUCAUGAGAAAAGUGAGUGAAUGGGAUGAGAUUUUUAAACUCCGUGACAAUCUUGUGAAUCAGAAAUAAGACCAGCAAUUUGAAUCUUUGUUCCCGGAUAGAAUCUUUUGCUAAAUUUCUCUCACAAAUAAAACGUUAUUUUCAAGAA